AUGCCCCGGCCGGGGGAGCAAGAAUGGGUUCACUGGGCGAAACACAAAGAGCUCUACGGCCCCAUCAGCUCGGUCACUGUUCUUGAACAAACAAUUGUUCUCAUCAAUGAUCCAAAGACUGCGACAGAACUGUUGAACAAACGAUCUUCAAUCUAUUCAUCCAGGCCAAGGAUGGUAUUCGCAAACGAUCUUGGGACUGGAUCUUGGAAAGUAGCCUUGCAAGGCCUGACUGGGACCCUUCAUUCAGGCCCGAAGCUGCAAUUUCUCAGCUCAAUUCGUACCAAGAAAAAGAAGUUCUCCGCUUCCUACUCUGAAUGCUUCAAAAGCCGGAAGAGUUCUCUGAUCACUGCCUAA